UACAAAACCUUAACCACACGCUCCCAUAUCUCUCUCCACACUCCCCUUAUCUUUGCCCUGCCUCUCCAUCUUCUCCCUCUUCUCUCUCUCUCUCUCUGCAUCUCCCCUUCCUCAACAAUGGCCACCUCCACAACUCUCCACCUUCUCAACCUCCACUCUAACCCCAAAACUCCCUCAUCCAAACUCCCCAGGCCAACAUCACAGCCACAACCAAAUUCUCUCAAGCAAACACCCACCAGCAUCUUCUCCAACGUCUCCCUCGCCGCCUCCACUGCUCUCGCUCUCCCCCUCAUCGCCCCGCAGGAUGCUCUUGCUGCUGCUGGUGAGUUUGGGAUUCUUGAAGGCCGAAGUGUCGCGCUAAUCCAUCCAGUAGUCAUGGGCAGCCUGUUUGUGUACACUCUGUAUGCAGGUUAUCUCGGGUGGCAAUGGCGCAGAGUGCGAACAAUUCAGGACGAGAUCAACCAGCUCAAGAAACAAGUCAAGCCUCCUGCUCCUGCUGCAGUCCCCGCAGGUACUGACGUGGCGAAAGAGGCCAGCAGCCCGGCCUCGCCUGUCUGAACAGAAAAUUAGGAGCUCACUGAGGAGAGGAAAGCUUUGUUGAAAGGGUCGUUUAGGGACCGACAUUUUAAUGCUGGAUCGAUACUGUUGGGGUUUGGAGUGCUGGAAGCCGUUGGUGGUGGUGUUAAUACAUGGAUGCGCACAGGGAAGCUUUUUCCUGGGCCUCAUUUGUUUGCUGGAGCUGGGAUAACGGUAUUAUGGGCGUUGGCAGCGGCGCUUGUUCCUGCAAUGCAGAAGGGAAACGAGACUGCCAGGAAUCUGCAUAUCGCACUGAAUGCGUUUAACGUGCUGCUAUUUGUAUGCCAGAUCCCAACCGGAUUUGAUAUUGUCCUCAAAGUUUUUGAGUUCACCAAGUGGCCUUGAUUUGAUCGAAGAUUGUUCCUCCCUUUUUUAACCUCUUUUUUUUUUCCCGCCCUUCAGAUCUCUGCAUUCAUUUUGUAAUGUUCCUUAAUUUGAUAUGCUAUAGUAAAAAACACAUGUACAUAUAUAUGCAGCGCA